AUGGCUGUCCGCCUCCACGCAAAGCCCUUUACGUGGCUCAAGAGUUCUUGUUUCGUCGACAGACUUACUACGGAUAUCAUUCUCGAGAUCUUCAGUAUCAUGGCCGAGGCUGACUUCAGCAUACGGGCCAUGGGGGCAACCUGUCGACGAUGGAGGGAUGUCUAUCUCAAUACUUCCAAGUUUUGGUCGCAUAUAUGUCUAUUUCCUCCGAGAAUAGAUCCCCAGUGGGAUAGCAAGGCACUCUGCGGCUUCAACUUUGACGGUCUUUAUGCUCUCGGUCGCCGUAUUGGACGGCGUCUAUUAACUAUUGAUAUGACGAGUGGGGAAUCAGUUCCAAAUUUCGUGGUAAGAAAGGUAAUCAAACAACUUCCAAUCUUCAUCAACGCAUUCCCUCUUGCCUUGUGGAAUACGUUACUUCUCGGGCGAAACGGCAUGGUAAUACAAGCUUUAGUCAAGUAUGUGCCCUAUCUCUUUCGUCUCAAGCAUGUUAUCGCCAUUGUCUACAGCGGUCGUGUCCACGCCUUUCUUCUCGCAUUAUCCCAAGAACCAGUCCGACUACGAAAGUUGGAAUUCAAGACUGCAGUAGUCGAGCGGAAUAAUUCCAUGUCAAACUCGUGGAUAUCGCAGGAGGAACUAUGGGCAAAUCUAUUCGAACGCGAUACCGUCUUCAUCGUGCCUCGUACGAUGCAGUGGAAUGGAUAUACCCCCACUGCGACUUUGGUGACGUAUCAUUCGCCACAAAGCUGGCUAAAGACACGCAAUACACGGGUUACAAAUCUCGCCUUACGUGAUAGCCUUCUCACUCCAGGAUUUCAACCCCAUCUUCAUCUCCCUAACCUUGAGAUUUUCAUAUGCCACAAUGUCGCGUAUACGAAUACACUCGGUAUCAUUUCAUUUCCAGCCCUCAAGCGUCUCGAGAUCCACCACGGGUCAAUCUCCCUCGUUGGUCACAUAUGCGCCCCUCAGCUGGAAACUUUGGCACUCUCUUCGAACAUAAAGAGCAUAAACCAGGCAAUCACACCCAGUCAAGCUCAAGGCGAGCAGACGGAAGUGAUCCCUCUAAAAUGGUUCAUGCAUAGAUCACCGCGCAUCGAAAAACUGUCCAUCGAAAUAUCUGCGCCUACGGAGUGGUCUCCUUCGAUGCUUGAAGGGCUAUGUAGCCUCUUAGUGGGAAGUAGGGACCAGGAGCAGUCAUCGCCAGGAUGCCAGCACCCCGUCCGACUUUCAGUUAGGCUGCACUCAAUACAACGUAUUUGGGAUAGAGAUUCUGCUAAAAGGUUUGCACAGAUACUUUUGGAUGCGUGCCGACGACUCAGAGAGGUGCUGAUAGAUUGGAGUGAUGGUAGCGUCGUUCACGUACCGAGAUAG